AUGCAGAAGCUGGGGGUGGAUUGUGACCGUACGAACGAGAUACGAGUGGUGAUUGACGCUCCUGACCACCAAUCAGUAUCGAGCAGGCACUAUUUAGAGCGGGUUGGUUUUGACCCUGGGAUGCGUCAUGUCCGAGCUGGGUUCCCACGGGUGAAAGAUCUUUUUGGUGGUGGUGCUACUUCAACUUGGGUUUGUGUGCUUAGUUGUACGGCUCUCACGUGUCCCCCUCUAACGCACCCACUCCGCUCCCGCCACAUAUAUAUAAAAUAUAUCUUUCUAGAUCUGGCAGUAAAGGGUGCAUUUUCUAAGAACUGCCCAACUGGAUGGACCUCCUAUUCUGGUCGCUGCUACUUGUACAACGCCGCCAAACUGGAUUGGGUUUCUGCAGAGACAUUCUGUCAGAAAUUUGAUGCACACUUGGUCUCAAUACACAGUGAGAAUCAAUAUCAGCAGAUAAAGUCUCUUAUCUGUACUCAUGACCCCGCGCAGAAUCCAACAUACAUCGGCCUCAGUGACUGUCAGAAGCCUUAUAAAUAUUUUUGGUCUGAUGGCACCAAAUUGGCUUUCACCAAGUGGAAUCCAGGACAACCAGAUAAUUAUAACAACAACGAGCGCUGUGUGUACAUGAAUGCUGGUACCCUGAAAACUGGAAUGAUACUCCUUGUGACAACCCCUAUGCCUUUGUGUGUGCCAAGAAAAGUGGCUGAAACGCUUCCUACUGCAUCUCACCAUAUAUAAUACAAUAUUUUUCCUCGUCACUGAUGAAUUUCUAAAAUGACUCCCAUAACUUCAGCAAUAAAAAAUCAAAA